UGCUGUGUUUUGCUCCGCUAGUUUUAUUUUGAUUUUUGUCCAGGAAAGAACAGGAAAAUUGAAUCGAAAUUUUAUUAACAGACUCAUCCUGUGAACAAAACGUCUUAAGUGAAAACUAAAAAGUUUAAGGAUGACGAAUGAAUUGGAGGACGAAAGUUACGUGAUUCAAAUCCGUGCCAAACUGAACCAGCAAAAAGUUAAGCUCUGGGAACUUCCGUACUAUAAUGCUGCUACCGAAGAAUGUUCCAUUCCGGAAAUGGAAAAAUUAGCAAUAGAAUUUCAUGAGCAGCUGCAAAUAUCUGUCAAGGAUUGUUUGAAUGCCAUCAAAAAACUGCAACGAAAUGCCUUGGAUAACCUGAAGAGUAAAGACGAGUUCACUAAAACCGGAACAGCGACGUUGAAGAUAAGGACUCCGAUGCAAGGCUCAGCAAAUAAACACUUCAAUGCGAAAGUUAAGAUUAGCUCCAAAGCGCAGGAACUGGCCGAAACCGUUGCUGGACAUUUGGGAGCCAAUACUCUCAGAAUCAAACUGGUUUGUGCUGGCAAAGUUCUAAACCACAGUAAGACCCUCUCCGAGCAGAACGUGCCCAACGGGGCAACUGUAAUGGCGUUGAUUAUGGCCCAAAGCGUAGAUGCAGCUCAGAAGGAAAAUAGUCUGUAUGAUCGUGUUCAUAAAAUUCGGACUGAUGCUGAACUACUGAUCAGUGAUAACGACCAUUCGGAUUUUCUUAGCUUGGAAGACCAAGAUGGCAACGCAAUUCAUCUUCCCAAGGCUGAGAAGUCUUCCCUUUUGAUGGCCUUAACUCUCUACGAGAAAGGUAAAGUGGCCCUGCGGAAAGAAAACUUUGAAGAAGCCCUUUUACUGUUUCUGGAAGCCGAUAAUGAUUUUCGAACCUGUAAUUCUCAACUACUGACAAUGGUCGAUAACUAUGCCCUCCUGAAUUUAGAUAUAGUUUGGUGUUAUCUUUGUCUUAAGAACAUCAAUCAACUGCCUGAUGCCGAACAGAGAUUACGUUUAUGCGAGGAAAAAUUUCGGCAAAGCUAUGGAGAAAACAUGCGUCGCGUUGCGACCAUUAAGGGCACUCAACAGUGCAGUGAGAAAGCACUACUACUUAGGCUGCAUUUGCUAAAGGCAGUUCUCUUCUUUCACCAGAACAAACGGGAAGAGGCAAAAAUCAUGUUCCAGGUGGUUGAAACCGAACUUCAAUCUCUCAGAGUCGAUGAUGUCGCAUUGACCACCUUGCUGGAAUUUGGGUUCGAGUUGUCUGAAUCUCGAAUCGCCCUUAGAGCUACGUCAAAUAAUGUAGAAGCAGCAGUAGAUUUCAUCAACAGUCGGAGGGAAAUUGUUGCAGCAAACGAGAAGAAGUCAAAGCGAGAGAAAAACCUGUAUAAGAAGAUUGGUUAUGAAAACGCUGAUGAAGUUCGCAUUAACGUUGAUCUGGUUGAUCAGCUAGUUGAAAUGGGCUACUCAGAAUCAUAUGCUGCCAUUGCACUGAAGAAGUCGAAUAACGAUAUUCUGGUAGCCUUGAAUGAACUGCAAAAUAACCACGAAGUGCUCAAGCGAGAGCUUGCAAGUAGCAUUACUCCUUCUGAAGAUCUCAUCACCAAACUAAUUGAUCUAGGGUUCCAUAGAGAAGCAGCAAUAGCAGCUCUUCGGCAAAAUAUUAACAAUUUUGAAGAAUCUGUUGAGUUUCUCGUGUCUGCAAGAAAGAACAAUGAAUAUGACAAACUGUUGACUGAUUUGCAAUCGUUAAAUGCCUCGACACCUGCAACUAACAGCGCAGAUUCAACCGCAAGGACAUCUAAUCAAGCAACCGACACGGAACAACAGGCAGGUCCUUCCCGUAAAAAGGCCAAAAACGACAGUAAUAACGCUAAAAAGGAGAUGAUGGAUAUCCUGUAUAAGAGUUUCUCCAAGGAUAUGGAUACGAGCAGUGAUACUUAUCUAGAUCUACCGUUGAUCGAGGAAGCAACGAUCUUGAAUGAAUAUAAAAAGCUACUGAACAUGUAAAGAAGGAUAGUGAUUUAGGUGGAAAUGCCAUUAUACCUAAUACAAUAACUUUAUUUUUGUACUACAAACCUGAUUUUAUAUACAAUAUUCAAUAAAAUAGAGAUACGCAGCAAUAAUGCGGAUAUUAGUAAUAUGGUUAUAGCGAUCGCCAAA